UUCUCAAGUUCAUAUACAGUGUUAAGCCACUCAAAACGUCUCUUCACCAUAAAUGCUUCUGCAAUUUUGUUGUAUAUUAGAUCAAAGAAGACAUUUGCUUUAUUCCCUAUUCUACUAGAUCGAUCCCAAUACAUGCUAUUACGCUAAAACUGCACAACACCCAAUUGCUCACAGCUCAAUAAAUUUCCAUUCCUUCCUCUAUUUCUCAUAUUGAAACCUGAAGCACAAUUAAGGUCCAAUCACUUGCCAUUGAUAUCGCAACUUUGGAGGGAGUUUCUACUGCAAUUGGUUCAAGGGGAGUAGGAUUCAUGCCUCAAUCAAAAAAACUCUAUUGUAUAAGUUUCAAUCUGAAAUUCGCGAAGGCAAAGUUUAUUCAUUUGAAAACAUGGGUGUUGCUGCUAAUGGGGGGAGCUAUAAGACCACCCAUUAUCCAUAUAAGCUGAACUUCCAAUUUGGAACAAAAUGUUUGCCAUUGUGUGGUGCAUUAGUGAGUGGUUCUGAUUUUAAGUUUGUUCCAAUUUCUGACAUAGUAGGUGGUUCUUAUGAUUGUGACUACUUGGUUGAUGUUAUUGGAAUGUUGACGGGUGUUGGCACAGAGAGAGAAUAUGAACGCAAUGGCAGUGCUACCAAACUCAAUGUCAUUGCCAUGGAAGCUGAUGGAUACAAGCUUCAGUGCACUUUGUUUGGGACUUAUGUGGAUGAGUUGAACACGUUUUUGGCAACUGGUGAAACUGCUAAUGUUGUAGUGUCUAUUCAACUAGCUAAGGUGAAGGUUUUUCAAGACAAUAUACACAUUCAAAAUUGUCUGAAUUGUACCCGGUUGAAGUUUAAUCCUGUUUGUGUUGAGGGUACUGCCUUUAAGAACAGGAUGAUUGAAAAUGAUGAUACACCAUCCCCUCUUACUCAGCUAGCUGUGGAACCAAGUAUUGACCCUUUGCAAGAUUUUUUAUUCAACACUCCAAGAACAACUAUUCAGGGAUUGAAGGAUUCUCAGCAGGAGGGGAUGUAUGUUGUGCUUGGAACUGUUAAACAGAUUGUGAACCCUGAGAAUUGGUACUACACGGCCUGUAUGUGCAACAAAUCUGUAUAUCCUGCUGAGGGGAUGCACUUCUGCGAGAAGUGUAAUAGGCAUGUGGUCAAAGUGUUUCCAAGGUAUUCUAUAAAGGUGCGAGUUGUGGAUGAUAGUGAUUGUGCAACCUUUGUUUUGUUUGACCGUGAUGCAACAAUGUUGUUCAAUAAAAGUUGUGCUGACAUUUUGGAAACACAUAGGGCUGACGAGGGUGUGCUUCCAACUGAGAUUGCUGCAUUGGUCAACUGCACAUACCUGUUCAAGGUUGAAUUCAAAACUGCUAUCAGUCCUAGAUUUGAGCAAUCAUUUAGGGUGAAGAAAGUGUGCACUGAUGGGGUGAUUAUCAACCAAUUUAAGGCAAAGUGGGCUAAGGAAGAAGCAACCUUUAUAAAAAAUACCAAUGAGAUGGGGUCUUUGAGUUCUCUGUUGGACAAGGGGAAGGAUGUGUUAGUGGUUGGUUCAUCAAGUGUCCAAUCACAUGACCUUGGAAGUUUGAGCGAAACCAUUGAUAAAGACAAAAACAUCAUUGUUGAGGGAACACCUAUUGGAAUAUCUGAAGAUCUGUUGCCUAAAUUUUCUUCUGUUGCGGUUGACCUUGAUGUUGGUGCAUCAAAGAAAGUAUCUAACUGCUGUUUGGUCAAAUCAACUACACGCAAAAUUGUCAAAAGAGUUUUACCUCAACCUGAAAUUAAUGAAGUUGAGGAAAUCAACCUUCCCAUCAAAUUGCUCAAGAGGAACAUUAAGAUUGAAAAAAUUUAGUCACAUGAUUGACUGUACUUGGCUGGUUGUAGUUUGGUUUUUUUAGAUACCCGUGUCAUUAUGGCUGGAAAUGUUUGAUUAAGUUUGUGUUUUGCUAUGCAAUUCAAAAGGUCAAAGAUAUUGACCCUCUGUUAGUUUCUUCAUUUUGGUUGUAAUUUCUAAGUACAAUUUGAGUCCAGUGGCAGUGGGCCAAUUAGUAGUAAUUUGUUUAAGUCAGCUGUCAUCCCAGUUGCAGUGGACCUUUUCAUUUGUGGUUUAUUUAAGUUAGUAGUAGUCUUAUUUAAGUACUGUUUAAUCCCAGUGGCAGUGGGCCUGUUAUUUUGUAACUCUAAUGCCCAUGUGGCAGAUUUGGCAAUAGA